CAUAGUUUCAUGUCGACGCUCUUUAAUUUUUUCUCUCUUACCGACUCUUCUCUUCUCUCUCUUAUCUGUCUAAACUUUCUCUCUUUGAAAUUUCGUCCCUGGAGAGUUGAAAAGACUAAAUCUUGAAAAACAAAUUAAAAGUUGAAGCGAAAACCCAAAAGCCACAGACAUUAACCUCACUAGAUCGCCAGAACUCGCCAUGAAAAACGGCCGGGACAUCAAAAUCCGGCCACCGGAGGCCGUGGAAUGGAUUUUAACCCCUUAAAAAUCCCAAAAUUGUGAAGAAGACCCGAAACUCGUACUGUGUUUUUUCAGUUAAGUUCUUUCAAUGGCAGCCACUAACGCCACCGCUACGACUACGAACGCGACGGUGGACUCAGCGGCGUCGGCGGACGAGCUGGCGGCGAAAGCAGUACAUAAGAGGUACGAGGGGCUUGUGAUGGUCCGCACGAAGGCGAUAAAGGGGAAAGGCGCUUGGUACUGGGCGCACUUGGAGCCUAUUUUGGUUCAAAACUCCGAUACUGGCCUCCCUAAGGCGGUUAAGCUCCGGUGCUCCUUAUGCGACGCCGUUUUCUCGGCCUCGAAUCCUUCACGGACAGCCUCGGAGCACCUGAAACGAGGGACUUGCCCCAAUUUCAAUUCAUUGCCUAAACCCAUCUCUUCAAUCUCUCCCUCGGGACUCGCUUCACCUUCCCAAACAACGAGUACACCUCACCAUAACCACCGAAAACGACCCUCCUCUUCUGUCGCCGCGAGUUCCGGGAGUGGUGGUGGUGGUGUUUCCUCGUACCAAGCAGCAACUCCUCUGGCGAUCGUGGACCCCACCAGAUUCUGCGGAGAGUUAACGACGUACUCCUCCUCUGCCUCUGCGGCUGUAACUGUUAUGGCGCCACCGCCGCCGCCGCAUCAUCAGCACCAGCAGCAUUUGGUUUUGUCGGGUGGGAAAGAGGAUUUAGGGGCAUUAGCGAUGUUGGAGGACAGUGUAAAGAAGCUCAAGAGUCCGAAAACAUCUCCUGGGCCGGCUUUGAGCAAGACACAGAUAGAUUAUGCGUUAGAUUCUCUCGCUGACUGGGUCUACGAGUGUUGCGGUUCUGUCUCAUUUUCGAGUCUGGAGCAUCCCAAAUUCAGGGUGUUCCUUAAUCAAUUGGGGAUGCCGGCAGUGUCAAGAAGAGAUUUUGCUGGGAAUAGAUUGGACUUGAAGUACGAGGAAGCUAAGGCUGAAUCGGAGGCUAGGAUUCGAGACGCCAUGUUCUUUCAAAUCGCGAGUGAUGGGUGGAAGGAUAAAGCUUAUGAGAGUUCUGGGGAGCUGAAUUUGGUUAGUUUGACUGUGAAUUUGCCCAAUGGAACUAGCUUGUAUAGGAAAGCUGUGCAUGUUGGUAAUUCUGUGCCUUCCAAGUAUGCAGAGGAGAUUUUGUGGGAGGCAAUAACCGGCAUUUGUGGAAAUUCUGUGCAGCAAUGUGUAGGGAUUGUUGCAGACAGGUUUAAGGUUAAGGCGUUGAAGAAUUUAGAGAGUCAGCAUCAUUGGAUGAUUAAUCUAUCUUGCCAGUAUCAGGGUUUCAGUAGUUUGAUCAAGUGUUUUAGCAAAGAGCUUCCUUUGUUCAAGUCUGUUGCUGAUAAUUGUUUUAAGCUCGCUACGUAUGUGAAUAACAAGAAUCAAAUAAGGAAUUGCUUUCAUAAGUAUCAGUUGCAGGAGUAUGGAUAUGCUGGAUUGCUUCGAAUACCCCGUUACUACGACAGAGUUCAUUUUGGGCCCAUAUAUAUAAUGCUUGAAGAUAUACUGAGCUCUGCUCAAGCAUUGCAGUUGGUUGUGCUUGAUGAAUCAUACAAGGUUGUGUCCAUGGAGGACUCAACUGCGAGGGAGGUUGCUGAGAUGAUAAGGGACGCGGGGUUUUGGAAUGAAUUGGAAGCAGUGCAUAGUUUGGUUAGACUGCUCAAGGAUAUGGCUCAAGAGAUUGAGACGGAGAGGCCAUUAAUCGGGCAAUGCCUGCCACUUUGGAAUGAUCUCAGAUCAAAAGUUAAGGAAUGGUGUGCCAAAUUUCACGUGGCGGAAGGACUGGUGGAGAAAGUGAUUGAAACUCGGUUCAGGAAGAAUUACCAUCCUGCUUGGGCUGCUGCAUUUAUACUCGAUCCCCUUUAUUUGUUUCGGGACACUAGCGGGAAGUACCUUCCUCCAUUCAAAUACUUGACACCUGAGCAGGAGAAGGAUGUCGACAAGCUAAUAACCCGACUGGUAUCGAGGGAGGAGGCACACAUUGCUUUGAUGGAACUAAUGAAAUGGAGAACAGAAGGGCUCGAUCCAGUUUACGCAAGAGCUGUACAGAUGAAGGAGAGGGACCCCAUUUCUGGAAAGAUGAAGAUUGCUAAUCCCCAGAGCAGUAGGCUUGUGUGGGAGACUUAUCUUACUGAGUUCAAAUCCUUAGGGAAAGUUGCUGUCAGGCUUAUAUUUCUAAAUGCAACUUCAUGUGGAUUCAAAUGCAAUUCGUCUUUAUUGAGAUGGUUGGGCAGCCAUGGACACUCAAGGGCAGCAAUGGAGAGAGUUCAGAAGUUAAUAUUCAUCGCUGCUCAUUCAAGGAUGGAUAGAAGAGACUUUUCCAGCGAUGACGAUAAGGACGCAGAGCUGUUCGCGCUGGCAAACGGCGAGGAUGAUGUGCUAAACGAGGUUCUUGCUGAUACAUCCUCAGUGACAUUGAUGGCUUCACUUGCUCCCUUGUCUCAAAACCGCUAGAAGUUGUUCUUGGAUUUUUGAGAUCUGAAAAUCUAAUGUCAUGCUGAAUCUUCACAGGCAAUUAGCUGUCUGUUUGGAAAAAAACAAUUCUCUACAGUGCCCUUUCACUUUCAUCUCAAAGUGCAAUUAGUUGUUGCCUCCUCUUCUUCUUCUUCUUUUUUAAUUUUCAUUUGGCAUGUGAGUUUGAUGAUCUCAACAAAGAAGCUUAGGUUGGGAUGGUAAAAUUGAUUGUGAUAACCGGGAGGUCGCAGGUUCAACAUUCGCACCCAGCAGUUUUGGUAUUAUUUCCUUGCAUGUGUUAAAGGACCAUGAGAGGUUCUUCUCCCUGCACAGAUUUCGGCCCGGACUAAACUGUCGCCAACGUGGAGGAGGUUGGGUUAGCUGUCCUCAUGGUACCUCAAAUCAGAAGCAAAAUGAGCUGCCCUUGUAUUGUCAUGUGCCCAUCUUGUGUCACAUGUGCUUUAUUUUUUGAUUGGAUUGACGUUGUUGUAGGGUUUCCGCCUGCUAAUUUUGAGUCCUUUUUUGAUGGUCCUAGAAUUCAGAGGGUUUGUGGUCCUAUUGAUGUCCCUUAGCUUAGCAAACUAAGGUUUGGAUGCAUUUUCCGACUUUUGUUCCCGACCCUCAUUGAGUUUCUUCCAUGGAACUUACUGUUGCCAAAAAUGGAUAGGUUUCAUGCCCUAAUGAGCAGGACCUUUUAACAUUUUCCCCA